UACGCAUACAGUAAAGAUCAUCAAAACUGGAUACAAUACUAUUCAACUAAACCUUCAGUCCCCGAAUCACAACCGGAUUCUGUUCGACAGACCAUGUCCACUGUCCACAUACGCAUCACUCAAGUGACCAGUCAGCCUGCCACUCUAUUCCUCAGUCCUCACGCACUACCGAGUCCCACCCAGAAGGUCCAUGGUAAACACAAAUCCCAGUCCAAGGUCCAUGAAAACAACAGCCACAGAAUCCUUGACCCAAUCUUCUCAUAACGACUACGACUAUAAGGGGCGCUGCCCUAUUCUUCUAAAAAAAACUAUAAGGGGCAAGAAGAUACAAUCUUCUCUGUUCAUCUCGUGUUGUUUCUCCAUAAGACCAUUGAUGCCUUACCUUGCCAGUGCACAACUUAAGGAUCUGGAUUCCAUGCUAGUUUCAUCAUAAUUAAACCAUGCAGUCACUCCAUUUUUCGUACAAGACACACACCAACAAAUUGCACAUACCUUCCCUCGGCCUUGCUCUUAUGCUGCUGGUCUGCUUGGCCUCUCAUACCAGUUCCUGCACGGAGCAGGAGAAGGGCUCCCUUCUCCAGUUCCUUGCCAAGCUCUCACAAGACGGUGGCCUCGCUGCAUCCUGGCGGAAUGGCACGAAUUGCUGCAAGUGGGAAGGGAUCACCUGCAGGGAAGAUGGGACGGUCACCGCUGUCUUGCUGCCUUCGAAGGGCCUCCACGGGCACAUCUCACAAUCCCUUGGAAACCUAACCGGGCUGCAGUACCUUGAUCUCUCUGACAACUUGUUGUCCGGUGGUCUGCCGGUGGAGUUGGUGUUCUCCAACAGCAUCACAACCCUUGAUGUCAGCUUUAACCGGCUCAAUAGCAUACUCGACGAGCUGCCAUCUUCAACCCCUGACCGGUCUAUGCAGGUACUGAACAUCUCAAGCAACUUAUUUGUGGGACAGUUUCCAUCCACCAUAUGGAAAGCAAUGGGGAAUCUGGUCGCACUCAAUGCCAGCAACAACAGCUUUACUGGGCAGAUACCAGCUUAUUUCUGUGAAACCUCACCAUUCUUCGCCGUGCUUGAUCUAUGCUUCAACAAAUUCAGUGGCAACAUCCCCCAAGGACUUUGUGAUUGCUCCAGGCUGAGAGAGCUCAGGGCCGGGAACAACAACCUCAGUGGAACACUCCCAGAUGAACUCUUCAACGCUACCUUGUUGGAGUACCUGUCUUUUCCUAACAAUGAUCUACAUGGAGCUCUUGAUGAUGUGCUCAUAAUCAACCUCAGAAAUAUCGUCACCCUAGAUCUUGGAGGGAACAAAUUCAGUGGCAGGAUUCCAGAUUCUAUAGGUCAGCUCAAGAAACUGGAGGAGUUCCAUUUGGACAACAACAUGAUGUUAGGGGAGUUGCCAUCAGCUCUGAGCAACUGCACGAAUCUCAGAACAAUUGAUAUCAAGACGAACAAAUUCAGUGGAGAACUCACCAAGGUCAAUUUCUCCAACCUUCCCUCUCUGAAAACAUUAGACCUUCUGAACAACAACUUCACUGGCACAGUUCCAGAAAGCAUUUACUCCUGCAGCAAUCUGACUGCACUGCGGCUAGAAGGCAACAAGUUACAUGGGCAGCUUUCACCACAAAUAAGCAAUCUGAAGUCCCUCUCCUUCCUAGCACUUGGUAAAAACAAUUUCACAAACAUCACAAAUACACUUCAGAUCCUUAAGAGCUGCAGGAACAUUACCACUCUUCUUAUCGGCGAUAACUUCAAGGGAGAGCUCAUGCCAGAGGAUGACAGCAAUGAUGGCUUUGAAAAUCUCCAGGUUUUGGACAUCAAAGAUUGCCAGUUGUCGGGAGAAAUACCUGUAUGGAUAUCAAGGCUCACACAUUUGAAGAUGUUACUUUUAAAUAGCAAUCAACUCACUGGGCCAAUACCAACCUGGAUCAGCUCCCUAAGAUAUCUCUUCUUUAUGGAUGUGUCAAAUAACAAUCUUAUAGGAGAGAUUCUGUUAACCUUCACGGAGAUGCCCAUGCUAACUGACAGCAAAACUCAUUUGGACCCAAGGGUCUUUGAGCUGCCUCUUUAUAAAGGUCCAUCACUUCAAUACCGUGUGGUUACAUCUUUCCCAAACACGUUAAAUCUAAGCAACAACAACUUCACAGGUGUGAUUCCCCCACAGAUUGGUCAGUUGGAAGUGCUUGGUGUACUUGAUUUCAGUUUCAAUAAGUUAUUCGGGCAGAUCCCCCAAUCGUUUUGCAACCUCACAAACUUGCAGGUGCUAGACUUGUCCAACAACAAUCUCACAGGUGAUAUCCCAGCUGCAUUGAAUAGCCUGCACUUCCUUUCAGCAUUCAGCAUUUCAAACAAUGACCUACAAGGGCCUAUUCCAUCUGGAGGCCAGUUUGAAACAUUUCAGAAUUCUAGUUUUGAUGGGAACCCAAAGCUGUGUGGCUCUAUUCUCAGUCACAAAUGUGUUUCUGUAAAAGCACAAGAAGCCAUCAUUCUGUCAAGAAAACAAACUGACUACAAGGUGGGCUUUGUGAUUGCCUUCAGUGCGUUCUUUGGUGUAGGGGUGUUGUAUGAUCAGUUAGUCUUAUCCAGGUAUUUUAGCUAGUCCUACUUGGGUUCACAUAUUGGUUUAUGAUAAUUUCGUUCAUAUUAGGCUGCUACUCAGGUUUAGCAACACGUCCAGCGAAUAAGCUUCUCCUCUAGGUGCAAGUCACAAUUAGGUAGUAGCAAUUAAAUAUUCUAGGGUGAAGAGUGAUUUCAAUAUGUGGAGAUGUUAAAGUAUGUAACAAUGUAAGAUAUUCUGUAGAAAACUGUCAUCUCAGCAUUCCAUAUAACACAAUUCAGCACAUCAGAGUAUGUACUCUUGAUGUUCUAAUAGCUUAAAUUUCGACAAUAAACACUGCUUAUAAUAUUUGAGAUCAUCAGCCGGGGAAAACAAUGGUACAGUGCCAGCCACUUUGCUGUUUCUCUUGCAUCAGUAAAGAAUAUCAGUAGGUACAUGUACAUGGGAUCGAUCACAAAUAAGUUACUGCAACUUCACUAGACAAUGAAUAGGAUCAAAACAACACCGAGCAAAAUUAUUUCCAAACAUAAGGAAUAGAGGAAGGAAAAGAACCUACGAUUUACCGAAGACAGAGCAGAGUUCAACCGCAAAAAGCUACAUUUGAAGGAGUCUACUUAAUUGUUAUCCUCUCUUUUCUCAGUAAUGGAGUGACUAGCUACCCACAACCUUUUAUUCUAGUUCCAUUCUUACUGGUUAAACUGAAGCAUUCUAGAUGUGUCAAGAACUCAUCUUGUUUGUGUUCACCUAGCUUUGCUUUUAACAAUUUACUUUGCUUUGGAGCAAUAUAAGACCACACGGUUGAGCCAUACUAAAUCCUUGGGUAUAAGCACUAACAUCAUUGAACGGCACACCUCCAAAAAUCCAUAACAAAAUGUUCUUACGAUAACAAGGAUGGUAGCUGCUAUGAAGACAAUCACUGGCAUUGAACAGAUUUUAUAAGCAGAGUGCAUCUCAAGGUAUUGAGUAAGAAGGACGCUGAUUUCGCACCCACCAUGUAUUAACAGCGAGUGUUUUCGAGCGAUGUACCUCUUGAGAGGAUGCAACUUGACUGCUUUCCCAGUCUCCGGCUUCCGUCCACCAGCGCACGCCGGGCUGCACGGCGCCGAGUCGCAACGAACUGCUCCGUCGCCCUCGCGGGGGAUUACGGAGCCAGAGGAAGGUCAAGGGACGUGCCCCUCAGCCCUGAGCUGAUCCUCUACAUGCCUUUCGUCCAGGCACCGGGUGCUGCAGCACAGGUCCGCCGCGCCGCCGGCCGCCGGCGAACUGGGUCACUGCCUGUGAGAAGCUGGUUUUGGGUUUCAUAUGAUGGGAUAGGCCAAUAGGAGAUGAACCGGGCACGGCAAGCGGCCCGGUCUGUAGGUGGACAUACUUAAAUCAGGUCACAGAGGUGGCGGAUCAGGGGAUCUGCCUCGACGAUGUCAAGGGCAUGCGUCGGGUCCGGUAUUUGAGGAGCAGGAGGAUCCCGGCCGACGUGCCACAACAACCAUGGCUCCGCCGGCGGCGGGCCUCUUCUUCCGCUCACAAAGCCCUCGGAAGAGUAAAUUACACGAUAGUACCACGUUUGGGAUGGUGUUAGCGAAUUGAUACUAGUUUUCAAAAUUUUUACGUAUCAGUAUCAAGUUUCAGACAAGCCGUUGCAAAUCGGGCUAAAUCGCGUAUAAAUACGUACCGACGGUGUAUCUGACCAACCAGGCCCGCCUAUCAGGUGCCUACAUGGCAUGUUAUUUGGCAGAAAACCCCCUUACUUUAUAGUCAAUCACAUGAACGUCUUUUUUUUGCGGGAAAAAGUCCUCUGAGGGACUUUUUUUUAGU